AUGGUGGGAAGAUUUCCUGUUAGAGAGAGGCUGCAGAAAUUUCAAAUCUGUCAAGAGAUGGAUUGUGUAGUGUGUGGAGCUGGUGUAGAAAAUAUACAGCACCUAUUCUUUGAGUGCUUGUAUAGCAGUAGAGUGUUACAAGAAGUGAAGAAGUGGCUACAGUGGAGGACACCAGCUACUUCGAUUCGUGGUCUAAUGAGUAACAUAAGACACAGUAAGCACAACAGCUUUAAGAAAGGAGUUCUCAUUGUCACAUUGGCUGCUAUGAGCUACCAGAUUUGGCUCAACAGAAAUGAAGUCCUAUGGCAAUUUAGAUGUAAACAAGCAGGGUCAAUUGUCGGUGCUUUGAAUCAUGAGCUAAAUGUGAAAAGAAGAGGAAAUGGUGGAAAAUUUGUGCUUUUGGUUGUUAUUCGAGUCUAA